AUCGAUACGUUUGGCGCGCUCUGUGCUAAAGCCUCCCUAUUUACAGUGCCAAAGGCCUAGCGACACGCUUUAGGGUCAUAGUCCCUUUUCAGGGCGGGAACUGCAUAUUCCUUCAUGAAAGACGCUAUAAAUAUCCCGUUAUCACGGACAACAAUGCAGCUCAUCACCAAGUCCCUCAUCGCCGGGACCGUUCUCUCGCUAGGUUCCGGGUUUGGCACCGGCAUCGGCAUCGCCUCGGUUUCGGCGGAGACGCACCUAAUGUUCAACACAUCUGCACAGUUCAAUUACAACGCGUAUCCGUGGCAUCAGUCCUUCAAUCUCCUCUGGGAAACCCUGAUGAGUAUUCGAACCCGCAUCGGGAUCUGGCCAACGGACACGUGGACAAACUACGACGAUAUCGAACUCAUCUUCAAUAACCUCAAGUCCGCGUAUGGCAACGUAUCUCCCAAUGGAUUUGACCAGGACAAGUGGGCACUUCCCUUUCUCCAACAUGGUAAAGAGCUAUAUAGUCAGGCCAAGAGCUACGAGGGUAAAAACAACACGCUGGCCAGCGAGAUGUAUCUUUGCCUGCAAAUUCUUAUUUCCUUGUUCAGGCGCACUGCCUCGGUCUUCCGACUUGGGUGGUUCCCCUGGGUGCACUCAAAUACGAGCCAUUCGUCCCUCAAGAAGGCUUGUUGGGACCUAGAAAAGCAAACGUACGAGCGCGGACUGGCCCUCGCGCACUACAGCUUUGAAACCGUCAAUAUCCCUUUCAAGUUGAAACCGCACGACAGCGUGUACGACACGAUUCCGAUCUACGUGAACUACGCGUUGAGCAAGGGAAAGCGCAACGGCGGCAGCAACCGCACAAAGGCAAAAACGGUCAUCCUUGUUUGCGGGCUGGACCGCUACCGCUCCGGCCAGCUCACAAAUGUACAGCUGCUCCUCUCCCUCGGCAUGAAUGUCAUCACCGUCGACAUGCCGGGCACAGGGGACGCGCCGAUCACCGGUCGUGACACGGGUGCCGACACGUUGCUCUGGCGCCAGCUGCUCGACUGGAUCGAGGCGAAUGCCGGCGCAAAGGGCUUCGACAAGGACAAUCUCUGGGCGUGGGGUACGUCGACGGGGAGCUACUGGUCGAUAAAACUCUCACGCGCUGAGAAGAACAGGCUCAAAGGAGUCCUGGCACAAGGUGCCGCGAGCCACUACACAUUCACCAGGGACUGGCUUGAGUCGGCCGACCACCUCUCGUACGCCGUCGACCUCUGGGCCCCACUCGCCUCGACCUUCGGAUACGUUGACGAUAAGCAUGCUUUCGCCGAUGUGGCUUCCAACUAUUCGCUGCUUAACCAGGGCGUACUUGAUCAGGACGCCGCUAAGCUGCUCUCCAUCAAUGGUGUCGAGGAUACGACCUUCCCCAUCGAUGACACACUGAUCCUGAGCUACUAUGGUAAAGGUGCCUUCCUCCGCAUGGCCCCGGGCUUCGAUCACAUGGGGGAACCUGCCGCUACGGAGUGGCUCCAGAAUUUCUGGGCCGCCGUCGCGGAUGGGAGUGUCGCAAACAAGUAUUAAACUUGUUCAUCUCCCGCCAUUGGCCAGCUCAGGAAUGGUGCUCCAGAGGUCAUUGUGGAAAAAUUAUGUCAAAGGCCCGAUAAAGCGAUAUGCAAAGCAAAUGCGAAUAAGAGUGGUGCUGCAAGCAUGCGAUAGACUACACCGAGAAACAAAAGAACUGCUAAUGU